GUUGCUGACUGGGUUGACCAGCGCAUUCUAGUCAACAUGCUUUUUCACCGAUUGGCAACAUGUUUCUUUGCUACAUCCGCCUAACCCAAACUCAGUCACGUCCCUACAGACUCAUUAGAUUGAAAGACAGAGAUGAUGGCAACUAGCACGGUCAAAUUUCAGGCUCCAAGUGAAACCAGUUAUGACCGUAACACCGAACUAAAAGCCUUUGAUGAUACAAAAUCUGGUGUCAAGGGACUUGUAGAUGCUGGUGUUACAAAGAUCCCACCAAUAUUUAUCAAUCACAAACAUGCCCAACCUCACCAAAAACCUUAUACUCAGCUUGGCGACUUCUCGGGAACCAAACAAGGUACUAUUCCAGUUAUUGAUCUUGAUGGUGUUCAUAGAGAUGCAACCAAACGCAGAGAGAUCAUUGGAGAAGUUUUGGAGGCUUGUGAGAAGUGGGGUUUCUUUCAGAUUGUCAAUCAUGGAAUUCCGGCGUGUGUUUUGGAUGAGAUGAUAGAUGGGAUACGCAGAUUUCAUGAGCAAGACACUGAGGAGAAGAAAAAAUGGUACACAAGGGAUGUCAAGAGAAAAGUGAUGUUUGCGUCCAAUUUUCUUCUGUAUACUUCGCCGGCUGCUGAUUGGAGGGACACCAUUUCUUGCUCUAUGGCUCCCAAUCCUCCGGAUCGUGAUGAAUUACCUGAGAUAUGCAGUGAUAUAAUGAUUGAUUACUCAAAGCAAGUGAUGAGAUUGGGGGACACAGUCUUUGAACUAAUAUCGGAGGCCCUUGGACUCAACCCCAACCAUUUGAAGGACAUGGAUUGCGCCAAGCAACUUUACCUUUUCGGCCAUUAUUACCCUGCGUGUCCUGAACCAGAAUUAACUUUGGGUGGUAGAAGCCACUCUGACGGUAACUUCCUCACCAUACUUCUACAAGACCAGAUAGGUGGCCUCCAAGUUCAUCAUGAGAAUCAGUGGGUUGAUGUACCCCCGAUGCGUGGAGCUCUAGUAGUAAACAUUGGAGAUCUUUUGCAGCUCGUCAGUAAUGACAAGGUUAAGAGUGUGUAUCAUAGAGUAUUGGCGAGAGAUGUAGGGCCAAGAAUUUCAGUGGCAUCCUUUUUCUUACCAUUCUGGAGAGGAAAUUCCUCGAGAGUUUAUGGACCGAUCAAGGAAUUAAUAUCAGAGGAAAGCCCCCAAAUCUACCAUGAAACCUCUAUAAAAGACUAUCAGUCUCACUACACCUCGAAAGGGCAUGAUGGAGUGAGUUCAUUGCUGCAUCUGAAGUUGUGAAGUUGGCCCUAUAAUAUGGGAACUAACUCCCACGUGGCUUGUGGAAAAUAAUAUAUAUAUAUAUAUUUUUUUUACCAGUCUUUGAACCUUGACCUGAGACUUGGGAGUUGAGAUUCAAAGUCACUAAGACAAAGGUAGAUCGGUAUGUAGCUUGUCGAAUUGGUGAUGUUUUGUUUGGUGUUGAAAACAAUUUACUUGUUUAAACAAUGUCCUGCUUUUUUACCAUGCGUAUCUGCUAUGCGGAAUAAAGAGUUGCUUUUAUAA